GCCUUCUGUGCUGUUUUUCCUCUUCUUUCUCCUUUUUGCCUCUCUUCUGAUUCUCACACUCUCGGUUCUCUGCUUUCUUGUAUUCUAUUCAGCGCAAAUCUUUCGCGACAAUGGUUGAAAAAGUGCUCGACGACAUCUCCCACCGCAGAUACAACCCUCUGCGCGGCUCUUCUAUCCUGGUCUCCCCUCACCGGACCAAGCGUCCCUGGCAAGGUCAGCAGGAGAGUCCGUCUAAGACCACGUUGCCCUCGUAUGAUCCUGCUUGCUAUCUCUGCCCGGGCAACAAGCGCGCUCAGGGUGAUUCCAACCCCAAGUAUGACAAGACGUUUGUCUUCGUGAACGACUACAGCGCAGUCAAGGAGGAGCAGGCUCCGUAUACUCCAGAAAGCACCGAAGAAGCCGAGUCGUUCUUCCUCAAGGCCGAGCCGGUCACGGGCAAAUGCUACGUACUCACCUUCUCGGCGGCGCACAACCUCACGCUAGCGGAUCUGUCGCCCGCCGAGAUCGUGCCCGUCAUUGACGCCUGGACCCAGCUGUACACGGCGCACCUGUCGCCCAAGUCCCCGCUGGCGGCGAUCGCGCCGGCGACCACGCUACCGCCCGACGCGCCGACGGCCAGCGCGACGGCGCCCAAGGAGCAGUACCGCUACAUGCAGAUCUUCGAGAACAAGGGGGCCGCGAUGGGGUGCUCAAACCCGCACCCGCACGGCCAGGUGUGGACGACCAGCUCGCUGCCCGAGGAACCCGCCAUGGAGCUGGAGCAGCUGCAGAAGUACCGCCGCGAGCACGGCGGCAAGCACAUGCUGGAGGACUACGCCGCGCUGGAGAGCCGCAAGCAGGAGCGCGUGGUCUUCGAGAACGCAAGCUUCCUCGUCGUGUGCCCCUGGUGGGCCGUCUGGCCCUUCGAGACUAUGGUCGUCAGCAAGACGCACAAGCGCGCCCUCGUCGACCUGGCCGACGCCGAGAAGGCCCACCUGGCCGAGGCCAUCGCCGAGGUCACCCGCCGCUACGACAACCUGUUCGAGACGCACUUCCCCUACAGCAUGGGUAUCCACCAGGCGCCGCUGGAGGGCACCGAGGAGGAGGUUGAGGCCUCGUACCUCCACCUGCACUUCUACCCUCCGCUGCUGCGCAGUGCGACCGUCCGCAAGUUCUUGGUGGGAUACGAGAUGCUGGGCGAGCCUCAGCGGGACAUUACCCCGGAGCAGGCGGCUGCCAGACUCCGUGGCUGUGGAGGAGAACUGUACCGUAAGAAGAUGGAUGUCUAGGUUGUAGAUAGGGGUUUAGUGAUAGUGCACAUACCUUUCUGAUAAAUAGCUGUAUAUUCUACCUAGUCCAACCUCGAGCUUCUCC